GUCAUCGUCCCACACAGUGCUUCAGGUGUCUGUCAGUGACGGAAAAGCAACCAGCAGAGUCUUCAGAUCACCGCUGGCUGCAUGGAGGCUUUUUAACCCACCUGCAGCCCACCUGUGCUGCUCACCUGCACCCCUUAGCAGCCACAUCACACGUGCUAUUUGUGUAAAUGACUCGCAAAGUAACACUCAAAGCACGGCUGUUGUAAGCUCUGCCUUUUUCACGUCCUUGCUUUAUUUUAGCUUGAGAGAUCCAGGGUGCCAUGCUUGUUUGAAAAGAUGUUUACAAGGUUCAAACAUUCAUCACUGUAAAAAAAAAAAAAAACUAUUUAGCUGUAGUACUUUUUAAAAGCGAUUUAUGAUUAUCUUACAGUUCAACCUGUUUUGUUAUAUUACAUAAAAUAACAUUCAACUCCAUUAUAUUCAACUUUAACCAUGAAAAAACUGUAAAUAAGAUGGAUUUUUAUGGUAAUUUGCUCUUUUAAAACAUUCAACCACAAAAUUGCACCUCUUCUACUGUGUUUAAGUCAGCCAAAUAUCCCCUAUUUGGGUAAUUUACAGACACAAGCAAACAAUCAAGGUAUUAUUUACAUAUUAACCCUAAAAAAAUGACCAAAACUGCAAAUAAUGUCCAACUCAAAAAUCAGUAUUUUUUUAAAUUGAGGGUAAUUUGUUGUUUUAAAACUUUUGACCAUGAAUUCACACCGUUUUUUCUGUUUAAUCAGAAAAAAUAGCAUUAUUUUACAGAUAUUUGAAUGAGAAAUUAUGUAUAUUAAGGACUGAAAAAUUCUAAGUGAUUUUAUUGUACAGAUUUUCUCUGUUCUGUUAAUUUACAGAUAAUAAUUAGUAAAAUCACAGAAAACAAAUAUACAUUCUACUAUGGUAUGAGGUUUACUGGUCAACACUAAUCAACACUAGCCGUAAUUGUAAUUAUCUGUAUAUUCCAAUAUUUUCUUCUUUUAAAAUUUAUAAAUAUUAUUGUUAAUUCCAGACACAUGUUCAACAUUUAAAAAUGCAUUUACCACUAAAAAAAACCUAAAGCAAUUUGGGGUAAAGGAUAAGGCUAGUUACAUUUUUAUGGAUUGGUAACAUUUAUUUAUUUAAAGGCAUAAAGGUAUGACAAACUGUAGUCUUAUGAAAGCAUUUUAGAAACCAAGAAAAAAUAACUUAAUGUAAAAAAAAAAAAGGAAAAAUGGCCUAUCUUAAGGCAUCAGUGUAACAUUAUCAACAAUAUUCUUUGCUGCCUAAAUCCACUUGUUAGUCUACAGUGCUUUGUGAACUAUUCACACCAUCGGUUUUUACAGUAACCUGCUGUUAAUGAUUAUUCUUGUCUUUGGCUCCAAAAAGCAUCAGAUUUUUACAAUGCUUCAUUGUAUUGCGGAAAAACAGUGCAUUACUGAUAGAAUUUGGCUGUAUUUUUUAUAGUCAUUUAUUAAAGGGUACCUAUACAUGUGUGUGUUGAAAAUAUUUUCUUUACAAACAUGCAAGAACAGAGAGACUCAGCUUGGAAUAAUUUUGCAUAAGGACAUGAGAGCAGAACAUCGUUAACGAGCAAAAAUAUUGUUAAUCAGGUAAAAUAGUUAAAUAAUUAAAGGUUCAAAACUCCUCUUUACAUUAAAUUGUCUGUUUCCCCUAAGGAUAUUCUUACUCUAAUGCCAAAUAAAAAUUUCACCUUGUGAAUCAAUUUAUUUUACUUGUGUAUUAGAGCACACCAGCUGGGACCAUAUUGCAGACUGCAUGAACCAAAGUGUCCACUUGCAGUACCUUUCUGUAUGAUUUCCUGUUGAUUACAGUUUUGGUUGCAUAUUAUUAAGUGAUGCCUUGCAAGAAGAGACACACAAUGCAGCGUCAGCACUAAGAAAGCUAGAUUUAAAUUUUGUGUUGAUAAAAAGAAUCUGUGUAAUUUGCUGAAAUGCAUCUUUCAGCACACACAGUAGGAGGAGUAGAAGCAGUCAGGGAAACAAAGGAAUACUCUCAAAGCCUUUAUUCUGCAGUCAUUCAACACAAUAGAGACAUUAGAUGUUACUACAAAAUGGAAGGUUGUUGCUAAUGAUCAUACCCGAUUUAAAUUUAUUUUAGUAAAAUGUUGUUGUUUGUGUAAUACAAAGUGUUGAUUAAUGCAAGUUUGAAUUAAUUCAAUGUAAAAGUCCAAUGCAGGGGAACUGGUUUCCACAGUUAUACCUUAGUGAUUCUCGUAAUGUUCACAUUCUUUUGACUGGGUGGGGAUUUUGAUGGCCAACUUUAUGGUAAAUUUUGAGACAGUAGGUUGCAUUGUUCUUCUGUAUUAAGAUUUACUGUAAGAUACUGAUAUCAGAAACAGCAAAGACGUGAUGUCGUAGUGCAGUUGCUGCUUUCAUUUUGGUCGUCCUCUGUUCAUACAGCAUCAGCUGGGGUUUUAAAGCAACCUGACUCCUGUGCAGAUGUACUUAAACAACUGUUAAACAAGGUCACAGAUAUAGGUUCUCUAUUUGAUAUCAUCAUGAAUAAGUCAUAGUUAUACAAAAUGAAUAUUUAAAAAAAAAAAAAAAAAAAACUUAAAAUGUUUCAUUAUAUGAUGGUCUUUUAAAUAAAGAAAACUCUUCUGAUGAUAAAUAAUCUCAUGAACAAUACAAAUAAUCUAUUAGCAAUCUGUCUAUUGAUGCACAAUCAAGAUGCUUCAUUGUUCUCUACUUCAGUACAUUUAAUUAAGCAGUGCUUAGUCGAGAUUAUUUUAAGCAACAAUAGUCUUGUCCCAAGAGACAAACUUGGCAAGCCAAUAGAUAAUUAGUACCAAGGGAGAGUAUGAUUGGCUGACUAAAAAGAUAAAAAAUGCUGAAUCAGUUGGGCAGUCUGUUUCAGCUCUCACUUGUCUCACCUGAAAUGUUCCAUAGGAUCAUUGUUUAAUUCUGGGUGAUCAGUAAUUUAUGGUACGUCUGAUCAGCUGAUUCUGUCUAUUCCCAUUUGGCCAAGAUCGUCAUGGGACAUUAACUAGAAAAACUGAAAAUAAUUAAACAAGCCAACAAUAGAAACACCCAGGACAGAUUACUGGUCCAUUUCAACAUACAUAUCCAUAUCAGUGAUUGACUGUAUAAACAGUGACCCACACCUGUUGAUGUGACUGUUUUUUGAGACAUCAUUGCAUUUGCAGCUGGUUCGUGACGCAGGACCAAAACGUGGAAAAUGCCUGCCUUUGUACUCUCAAAGCAUCAACAGAUUAGAUUAAAUUGACCCUGAGCCCAGUCAGCAAUUAUUUGUUCAUGUGUGAUAAAUCGCUUUGUUUGUCUGUGUGCACAUAUAAAACACCGUGAGGGCCAUCAGCAGCAGUUGUACUGCGUGCGAAGCCCCGAUGUAUCACUCUCACAUGCUUGUCACAAAGAAAAAGCAGACUAUGUCACCAUGCAGAGGAUGAUGCCAUGUCAGAGGAUCUCACUAUAGAAGCUGUUUUGUUUGGGCUCUUGGUCUUUUCUGGCAUACUGGGAAACAUGUUGGUCAUCCAUGUGGUGCUUCAGUCAGCCAUCCAGAGUCCAUCUCGGAGACUUCCUCCCUCCGACACUAUUUUGGUGCAUCUGUCACUAGCCAAUCUGCUGACCUCACUUUUCCGCACUGUGCCUAUUUUCGUGUCGGACCUGGGUUUGAAUGUGUCUCUGGCUCCGGGAUGGUGCAGAGUCUUCAUGCUGCUGUGGGUGUGGUGGCGAGCUGUGGGUUGUUGGGUGACUCUAGCACUUAGUGUCUUUCACUGCACCACCCUGAGGCGACAACAUGUGGCCUUUGGACCUCUCGCAAUGCAGAGGGAGAGGCGGAGGGUCUGGAUUGUUCUGGGGCUGGUGUGGGGGGCAAACCUGGCCUUCUCUAUCCCGGCGCUGGUGUAUAGCACACAUGUUCAUGGCAACGCCACUGUGGAGCUCAUGGUGAUCAGCUGCACCACCAGACCUCUGCUCGGCUGCAUCUGGGAGUUUCCCACCAUCGAGCAAGGCUCUGCCUUCGCCUCCACUUCACUGGCAUUAAAUGAGGUUCUGCCGCUGGUGCUGAUGGUUUGCACCAACUUCGCCACAUUGCACGCUCUGGCCAAGCACAUUCGAGCUGUUACCUCAGGGGGGGAGUCAGGAGGGACCCAUGGGGAGCUGGACAAACAUGUAUCCACUGAACGUAAGGCAGCUCAUGUAAUCAUGUCACUGGUGUCGCUCUUUGUGGUCUGCUGGGCGCUGCAGGUUGCUGCGGUAACAUACUACAACCACGACGGGGGGCAUCACGCUGAAGGGCUGCUGACUGUAGCCCAUUUCUCUGCUUCCCUGUUUGUAGGAUUCAGUCCCAUGGUGGUGGCACUGGGACAUGGUAAGCUCAGGAGGAAGAUCUCCAGUAUGAUACUGGGGUGGACUAAAGUUCUUAAAUGUCACAGAGGUGACACUGAAGAGGGCAGUAAAUCCCUAAAGACUAAAGAAAAGGGAAAAGAAACGGUUUUUGUUAUUCAAAAAGAGAUGAAAGUCAUAAAAGUGGAAGGAGGAGCAAACAAAUGAUGGAAGGACUGCAUUGAUCCUUCUAUAAACGCUGAAGAAAUUAAGCCCAUCAUCAAUUAGAAUUGUGAAACUGUUGUCAAGUAUUAUUUUAGCUUAAUUUUGAGGCAUUUAUUGAAAGUCAAACUGAGACAAAGUAUGUUAGAAAAUCUUGUAAGAAUCUACAAACACCAGACAUGCCACAUUAUGGGUCAGAGACCACUGUCCUACAAUAUUUAUACUUAUAUAAUAUUUCAGUAUGGCAUUAUACUACAGGGGGAGAAUAUGAAAUGCUUUAUCAGAAACCAGUAGCUAAUAUUAUCAUACUGAAUCAAUAGCAAAAUGUUGUUUGUUGACAACUAAUGAAAACUUGUUGUAAGAUAAUCUAAAUAAAUCAGUGUUGACAGUUUUGGUAGAUUUUUAUCUCUUUUGACAUUUUGUUUAUUAUAAAUAACAAAGGCAUCACACUAACUACAUAAAGAAAAAAAUUCAUUGGGUCAUGCAACACACAUCGUUUUGUGAUGGCUUUAUCAUUCUUUGCCUUUCCGUUGAGUCCAUCUCCAGCCACUCAAGCACAUACAGAGGUUUACAGAACAAGAACAUUUAUGACCAUGAACUUUUGAAACUGAUGAAUUUGAAAUUUUUGAAAUUUGAAGGAAGAUGAUACUAAUAAAGGUUUAUGAUUAGAA